CUCGCCGAAGUUGUCCAGUCGAUAAUGGAGGAACAAAUUUCGCCCAAAACCGACGUGGCCGAUCUAGAGCUUGAAUCGGUGAUCGGCUUUAAUGGACAUGUGCCUGCUGGUCUGAAAUGUCAUCCUGACCAGGAACAUCUGGUUUACCCUCUGGGUUGCACAAUAUUAAUUCAGGCAAUAAAUAGGCAUGACCAGAAUUUUCUACAGGGGCAUGACAACAAUGUCUCCUGUGUCACCAUAUCCAAGAGUGGAGAGUACAUUGCCUCUGGACAAGUCACUUUUAUGGGCUUCAAGGCAGAUAUCAUUUUAUGGGAUUAUAAGAAAAGGGAGCUGAUUUCUCGACUGUCCCUUCACAAGGGCAAAAUUGAAGCUUUGGCCUUUUCACCAAAUGAUUUGCAUCUGGUAUCACUAGGCGGCCCAGAUGAUGGAAGUGUGGUAGUGUGGAGCGUAGCCAAGAGAGAAGCUAUUUGUGGCAGUCCUGCAGCUGGCCUCAAUGUUGGGAAUGCCACCACAGUGAUCUUCUCCAGGAGCUGUGAUGAGAUGUUUGUUACUGCUGGAAAUGAGACAAUUCGUGUCUGGGAACUGGAUCUCCCAAACAGGAAAAUUUGGCCAACUGAAUGCCGAACAGGACAGAAAAAAAGAAUAGUCAUUAGCAUUGCAAUGACUAGUGACGAUAACUUUUUCUACCUUGGCACCACAACUGGAGACAUUCUAAAGAUGAACCCUAAGACUAAACUUUUGUCAGACACUGGACCCUUGAAGGACAAAUAUAGCCUGGGAGUAUCAGCUAUCAAAUGCCUGAAGAUGGGAGGUUUGUUGGUAGGCUCUGGAGCUGGAUUAUUGGUCUUCUGUAAAAGCCCCAGCUACAGACCCAUCAAGAAGAUCCAGUUUCAAGGUGGUAUCACUUCUAUAACACUUCGAGGUGAAGGACACCAAUUUUUUGUAGGAACAGAAGAAUCACACAUUUAUCGUGUCAACUUCACAGAUUUCAAAGAGACUCUCAUUGCAACUUGUCACUUUGAAGCUGUCCAGGACAUUGUCUUUCCAUUUGGUACUGCUGAGCUGUUUGCCACUUGUGCCAAGAAGGACAUCAGGGUGUGGCACACAUUGUCCAAUAGAGAAUUGCUGCGGAUAACUAUACCCAACAUGACCUGCCACAGCAUUGAUUUCAUGAAAGAUGGCAAAAGUAUCAUUUCCGCAUGGAAUGAUGGUAAAAUCCGAGCCUUUGCGCCAGAGACAGGUCGACUGAUGUAUGUGAUAAACAACGCCCACAGGAUCGGAGUGACAGCUAUUGCUACCACCAGUGACUGUAAAAGGAUCAUCAGUGGCGGUGGGGAAGGGGAGGUGAGAGUAUGGCAGAUAGAUUGCCAGACUCAGAAGCUGGAGGAGGCCCUAAAGGAGCACAAGUCUUCUGUGUCCUGUAUUAGGGUGAAAAAGAACAACGAGGAGUGUGUCACAGCCAGUACAGAUGGAACUUGCAUCAUUUGGGACCUGGUGCAUCUUAGGAGGAAUCAGAUGAUCCUGGCCAACACUUUAUUUCAGUGUGUUUGUUACCACCCUGAAGAAUUUCAGGUCAUCACCAGUGGGACAGACAGAAAGAUUGCUUACUGGGAAGUAUUUGAUGGGUCAGUAAUCCGAGAGUUGGAAGGUUCCUUAUCUGGAUCAAUAAAUGGCAUGGAUAUCACACUGGAUGGAGUACACUUUGUCACAGGUGGAAAUGAUCAUCUGGUCAAAGUUUGGGAUUAUAAUGAGGGUAAAGUGACUCAUGUUGGGAUUGGGCAUAGUGGAAACAUCAUGAGCAUCCGGAUAAGUCCAGGAAAUAAAUAUAUUAUUAGCGUAAGUGCUGAUGGAGCCAUUUUGAGAUGGAAGUAUCCAUUCUCCUCCUGAAGUAACAGAAUCUCCCCAAUUCAGAGCUCUGGACAGUUCUGGUGAAGAAUAAGUUUAGUUAAUG